CGGGCCAUGCAGGGGCGUAUCAAUCUUCAAGAUGAGGUCGAUCGCGUCCUCGGUGGUGGCCCGCUCGGCAUGAAUGUCGACCAGGCCAAGAGCAUCUGCCUCCGAGAGGGCCUCACCGUCUCGCCCGUCCGGUCGCUGGUGUGGAUGCUCGCGCUCGGCGUCCUCGACCCGGCGCAGACUGACAAGUGGCCGAACCAGGCUCGGGCCUGGCGCAAGAGCUACGCUCGCAAGAAGCGCAAGUUGCUGGUCAAUCCAAACAAGGCCAAGUCCAAGACGUCCGACAACCCACUCGCCGACGACAAGGACUCGCUGUGGACCGUCUACUUUGCCAACGAAGAGCUGCGCGAGGAGAUCAAGCGCGAUCUGACCCGUACGUACCCAGAGAUGGAGUUCUUCCACUCGGACCGCAUCCAAGGCCUGCUCCUCGAUGCGCUCUUUGUGUACGCCAAGACCUACCCGGAUCCGUCGUACCGCCAGGGCAUGCACGAGCUCCUCGCCCCGCUUGUCUACGUCCUCGCCCACAACCGCGACCGCGACGCCGUCACCGUCCCCGACUGGCUCGACCCGAUCUACGCCACCUCGGACGCCGCUCUCGAGGCCGACGCCUACCAGCUCUUCCACAUCAUCAUGGACACUGCUCGCCCGUGGUUUGCCGUCACCAAUGCCCCGCGCGGCACUAUUCCGCCGCCUUCGCCCAUUGUCCUCAAGUGCCAGAACCUACAGGAUGGCAUGCUCAAGCGCGUCGACCGCGAGCUGUACGACCACCUCGUCGACGUCGGCGUCGAGCCGCAGCUCUACGCCCUCCGCUGGGCCCGCCUUCUCCUCGGCCGCGAGUUCCACCUCGACGACCUCGUCAUCGUCUGGGACGGCCUCUUUGCUCAUUCGCCCGACCUUGCCCUACUCGACCACAUCUGCGUCGCUAUGCUCGUCUACCUCCGCGACCAGCUCCUCGAGUCCGACUACGUCUACACCCUCCGCCGUCUCAUGAAGUUCCCUCCGGUCGAAGACGUUCGCUGCUUUGUCGAGCAAGGCCUCGCUCUCGCCACCUCCAAGACCCCGCUCCGCUCGCGCUCAAAGGCCGAGAUCGAUGCUGCUGCUGCUGCUGCUGCCACCGCCCGUCGCGACGCAGACCGCGCCGCGGACCCGCUCUCUGGCCGCUCCCACGCCCGCGGCGGCGCCUCCACUUUUGCCAAGUCCAUCAUCGCCACCGCCCACGGCGGUGCCUCGCCGGCACCUGUCAUCGGCGCGUCGUCCUCGUCGCCGCGCCGCCGCCGCCGCCGCAACGGCAACUCGUCGUCCUCGCCGGCCCCAAACACCGACAACGACGCCCUGCAGCGCGUCUCGGAUCACGUCUCUGACCUCCUCGCAACCAACCACCAGCUCGGCACAAAACUCACCGAUCUUGUGGCCGUCCUCCAAGGCGAGGUCCACACCAAGGAGCCGCCCUCGCGCGAGACCCUCUACAUGGCCAUUGCAGGCCUGAAACAGAUCAAGGAUGUCCUUCUCGGCAACCUGCCCUAUUCGCCCGACGCCCCGCUCGACAUUGUCGUCCCGCCUGCCCGCCACGACAUCAACUACACGGAGCCCGAUGACGUCGACGCCGCCGACGUCGACAUCGAGCCAGCCCCUUCCGAGCCCGCUCCUUCCGACCCCGCCGCUCCUUCCGAGCCCGCCGCUCCUUCCGAGCCCGCCACCUCUGAGCCCGACACCGCCCCACCGCUACCGCCGCCAGUCCUGGAUCUCAUCGGCGAUGUCUCGUCGCCAAUCGGCUCCAAGCUCUCGGUCUUUGGCGACGUCGACGACGAGUUUGGCGACCCAGACUCGCUCUUUGACAAUUUGUAG